CCGAGCCAUUCAAGCAUCUCCAAUGUCCAAAAAAAGGUAGGGAAAAACAUAUCACCGUAUCGUAAAGUCAAAGACCUUCUGGUCCAUGGACUACCCUUGUCGCCAGUAGCCUUGUGCGGGUCUACAUCAGUCUCAGCCCCAUCCCUAUGUCGCGGUGAUGCCUUAACGACCGGAUUGCAGUGUGCGAUUCCUUGCGGGCGUCCUUAAGAUCCUUCGACAUCAGAAGUUCGUGUGGUGUUUCUUGGGUGAUGAUGGAUGGCAAUAAAUGGCUCUCUGUCGCGGUUGAAACAGUGGAGUGUGUCAAAUUUCGAAUAAUCCAUUGAAGAACAAAACCACCAUCAAGCAUUGAGAUGCCGAACGUUGGGAGGCCCAGCCGUGACUGCCACCUUUGUAGGCAGCGCCGAGUCAAAUGUGAUCUGCGCCAGCCAGAGUGUGAAAGAUGCAUCAAACUGGGUAGAAGGUGUCCAGGGUAUCGAGAUGAAUUCGAUUUUAUGUUUCGUGUCGAAGACCCAACUUCCUUCGCCGAAGGUGUCAGUCGCGAUCGCCGUCGAAGACGUGGAGCAAAUACGAAGCAGUCCUCCAGCCGCCAUACUUCAAAGUCGCCAGCCAACACAUCCGACUUGGGAACGUCGAUUGCACCGCAGGGCCAAGUGACCUUGUAUGGAUCAAGCUCUCAUGGUCAAGGCACGCCAGAAUCAUCUCCCCCCAAGGCGGAUCUAGCUAUGCAGCUGGCGGAUUCAGUGGUAGCGUCGGCAUCACUUGUAUUGCCGCCUCAACCACUGAUCGAAUCCUGGGAUACCGACAUGAUGCCCUUUUGCUUCGACAACUUGAUGCAACGCAGACCGCAGACACAGCUCUAUUUUCUGGGCUUUCUGCCUGACAUGGUAGUAGAACUGGGACGAGACUCUCCUGUUGGACUGGCUUGCCAGGCAAUAUCCUGGGCUUUCCUGACCAACAGGACAAGGGCCCCGGAAGCUGUGUCGAAGCGUACAAUGACAUACGGCCAAGCAUUGACUAUGACCAACGUCGCGCUCCGGGACCCGUCCCUGCAGGCUCGAGACGAUACGCUUGCGUCCGUUUGGUUGUUGAGUCUCUACGAGUUGCUUGUGGGUUCAUCGACCACACAGCUCCAUGUUGGUCCCGCCACCUGGAACUUGCAUACGCAAGGUCUUACGAGUUUGCUGCGACUUAGAGGUCAUAUGCGUUUCAAUUCUGUUGCCGGGCGCAACCUGUUCUGGCUGGUGUACAGUUCCAUCCAAGUCCGAUGUCUGAUCGUUGGCUCUGAAUGUCCGCCGGAGUCGUUAACAUGGUUUCGCGAACUGGAGAAAGAUCUUGCAGAUGAGGAUUUGCCCUCGCUCGAGGUAGCCAUCUAUGGCUAUCAUGUCGCUGCGCUAUGUGCAAGGAUUCGAGACAUGCUCGAGGCAGACAAAAUCGAUUUACCCACGCUUGCAGUCUCAGUGUGCGAGGAAGCCGACCGCCUCGAUGCCGAUGUGUAUGAUUCUUCCAUCCCACGCCCGGUCACUUAUGAAAGGCAUACCCCAGAGAGGCUAAACGACAACCCAGUGCCUGAUCUGCGGGCCAUUACCAGUCGAACAUCCUACUGUGCCUUCAGACUGAAACUCCACCUUUGCCUCUGGGAGCUUCUAGCGAAAACUCAGGCUGUUUUCCCGGAGCUUGAAGUGGAAUUGGUUGAACAACGACUUCAGCGACAUACACUGCAGGUUCAGACGGUAGCUGAUGAACUGCUAGCGAGUGUACCGAAUGUGUUUUGUUCAGAUGAUGAUACAGAUCAAGGCAGGAACAGGAGGCCAAGAUAUUGGGUGGAUGCGCUUCGUCUGCUAUGGCCACUACGACUUGUGGUCUUCUUCAACCCAACAAGACCAGAUCAGAAGCAGUCGGCUGGUGCAAUCCUCCGCCGGAUACGAGAAAAGCUAGGGGUUGAACAAGCAACAAAGACAUUCGUCAGAGGGCGGCAGACGAGAUGAGCUUGAGUACUUGAAAGAAAAACUUUGCUUUCAACAAACGAAAGAAGAAAGCAACGAAAACAACC